AUGCAUCAAUACAUCACCCAGCUUCGCUCUGAGUUUCACACGCAGAAUGAAGACCUCAAGAAUGUGGUUCGCUUACAACAUGAUGAUCUCAGAGUUGUGGUUUGGUCAAAGAAUGAGGUUCUCGAGGCUGAGCUUAAGGCUGAGCUCAGGGCUACUGUUCAAACAAUCAACGAUCUGAAGCGAGCAGUGAAUUCUCUUUAUGCUAGAGAAUCGGAAGAUGGAACCAUUGAUUUUAAUCAACUGGCCCAAGUUCGAUACGCAUCAUCUGUCGACAGCGCGGACAUUGAAGAAGCCGUCCAGCAAAAUGUAAAUGAAGUUGCAAUAAAAAAGGAUGCCCAGCUUGCAGAAGACAGAUUGAAGGAGAUAGAAGAGGUGUUUCAACAAAACGAAGCGAUAUACUCUCCAUCUCUCUCUCCACCAUGGUCAUAG